GCCUCUUCGGGCUUAGUACCAUUAUUGACAUGUCUCCGGCAGCUGUACCGAGAUUCCUCCUCUCCACAUCAUCCCUGAGCGAGUUACAGUAUUCCGUUGAACUCAUGAGGUAGCAAUCUGCCUAGUUCGACCUCCACUCUCAACUCGCUCUGCCUAAGACAGCCUCUUUCUCAUGGCAGACAAUCUAUUCUUUAGUCGAGACGAUCUCGAGACGAUCUCGAGAUACAGCAUUAUCCGAUGCCUGCCACCAGGCAACCUCUUUAUUUGGUAUUGAAUGUCACGAUUCAGGGAUAGCUCUUCUCGUUAAUCCAGUUCAAAUAAACAUCUCAAGAGCACAUGAUAGUUCUCAUGAAGGUUGUCAUGAUGAAUAUCAAUCCGACGAGAUCGACAAAAUGACCGUUUGCGAAGCAUCAUCUCUCUGAACGUAUAUCCUCUAACCAAGUUCUGGCGUGGACUGAGGACGGUCGACGUUCCGAACUGGCAGUGAGUCUGGCAACGAGUAGGUGCCAUGAGUCGAACAAGAUAUUUAUCCACACAUCUUAAUACCUACGAGAUUUCUUCUUUAUCCGAUCUACGCGACGUACCCUUGCCCUUCGCCAAUUCAACAUAUUUCGGACUGUUGGCUAAACUCAGUUUCAAAUCUGUCCAUGGGUGGCUUUUACACAUCGAUCCCAGAUUUUCGUUUCAUCCCGAAUGGAGCCGCUCUGUCGGUAUUCUGCAUUUAAGCUAAUGUCGCGGCUGCUCAGCCCGAGAAGCCUCGUUUCACCUCGUCAGAUGUCUGUUCCCACAUUUUUUUCUUGUUCACUAUCGAAAAUUUAUUUAUCCAUCCUAGAGCAAGUUCAUCUGACUGUCUUAACUGUUCAAUGGCAUAUCGUUUUGCUGGCCGAACAUGUUGUCGUGAAGCCACGAUGACAAAUGAAUUGUGUGAAAAGAUAAAAAGGUUGGCUCCAGGUACAUUUCAAGCAAGUUGAUAUCUCUACCUGUCGUUGUUUGACGAAAUUAUCUUUGUGCCGAUCUUCUGCCCAGCGGUAGAAGCUUUCGAGUUCCAGCCGGAAAUUGUGUCAGAGCCAGGCCACUAUCGGAUAUUGCAUAACACGACAUUAUCAGUUUGAUAUCUUCCUAAAUACCCAUGCAGAAUCUCUCCUUGAUUCCGUUUGGUAUCGGCAAAGCUGUUUAUAUUAGCAUGACGCUAUCGUUAAUACAUUUCAUAAUGUCUAGCAGUGACCCGUGAAAAGGGAAGCAUGGUACCUCUUAACAUUUUCUGAGCUUCAACGAGCUCUUCAAGACAGUUGCCAUGAGGUUAUUUCGCUACGUUGCUGGAGUUGUGUAUUUCAUGGGAUCAGGUAUAAGAUUCUCAACUUACGUAGUUUUUGCGCUGAUUCAGGGCAGUAUAUGGUCAAAGUGUGAGCACUCCAUAUUGCGAUUCUUUCACAACAAUAUGUUACUCUUCGUACACAAACGAGUGGGGAAUCUCGUACCGGGUUGCACUUCCUGAUGUGGCAGCGGCACCAUCUGAUGCCAUCAUCCAAAUCGUCGCUCCAAUUGAGUUCGGCUGGGCGGCGUUUGCGUGGGGAGGUACCAUGGUAUGGAAUCCCUUAACAAUGGGCUGGGCAAAUGGCACUGGCGCGGUGGUCUCUUCAAGAUUUGCAUAUGGCUUGAGUCAACCAGGAACAUAUGAUGGCGCAGAAUAUUUCUAUUUGCGUGGAACAGGCACAAAUGCUACUCACUGGACUCUGACUACUCUUUGUCGAGGCUGCACCGCUUGGCCUAGCAACGACGAAUCUAUUGCAUCAAUCAAUUACACUGGCACAUCGAACGUUGCCUGUGCCCAGGCGAAGAUGCCUGUUGUGGACUCAACAGAUAAUGCAACAUCGUUCAACUUUCACGAUAGCUUUAAUAAAUGGGAGCAUGACAUCAAGGCAGCACGAAGUCCAUUCUUUGAUGCAUGGGUGAAAGCAAAUUUGCUGUCAUCAGACUCUUCGACCACACCCAGCACCACUGGGGGCCCAACUUCGACCUCACUAGUAACCUCGUCACUAUCUCCCACGAACUCAGUGAGCUCGACUAGGCUUGUAUCUACACACUCAGUUGUGCCCAUUCCAACAUCUUGCCCAGGAGUUGCCAAUGCCAAAUAUGCAGGAGUAAUUACUAGCGGAUGGAGAGCUACAAAGGUCAAAGGCGGUAUGGGAGCAGCACGAGGCCUCAUUUUCGAUAGUGUGGGAAAUCUUCUCGUCGUCGAAAGUGGUAAGGGAAUCAUCGCACAUACCCUUGGUACUGAUGGUUGUAUCACCUCCAGCAAAACAAUCAUCCCUCAACGAAGUCUCAGCCACGGAAUUGCGUUAGAUAGAAAUGGGACCACGCUGUACGCGAGCUCAAUGACAAGUGUUUGGAGUUGGACGUACGAUCCGAGGGCUAUGGCAGUGGUUGGGGCAUCUAAGGUUGUAAUUUCAGGGAUGUCAAAUUCCGGACAUCCAUCACGCACUCUCAUAAUCCCGCCACAUCAUCCUAAUCUGCUUAUUGUCAGUCAUGGUUCAGGUGACAACUUUGAUUAUCCUUCAGGAGAUAUGAAAACUCAACGUGCGGUUAUCAAAGUUUUCGACAUGAGUGCUAUUCCGGCAACGGGAUACAAGUUUGUUACAGAUGGCUAUCAGGCUGGGUACGGACUUCGGAAUGAAGUUGGGCUUGCAUUUGAUGGAAACAACAUGUUGUGGGGAGUUGAAAAUGGAGCAGAUGAUAUCCGACGGACGGUUAACGACUCUGCACUUGAUAUCCACCAAGACAACCCCGCUGAUGAACUGAAUUACCUUGGCGACGUCUCGGUACCAAACACGAAAUGGUAUGGGUAUCCUACAUGCUACACUGUAUGGAAACCAAGCGAUUUCACCGACAAAGCUUUUGCAAUUGGUGAUCAAUUCGUUCUAGCACCCAAUGAAACCUUCAGCGACGAAACCUGCAAGACAAAAUCCGAGCCUGCACGUCUUGCCUUCCAAGCCCACUCUGCACCUCUGGACGCGAAAUUUGAUUUCUCUUUCGAGAACCUAUAUAUAGCUCUCCAUGGCUCUUGGAAUCGUUCGCCGACUACCGGGUACAAAGUUGUUGCUGUGCCAUUCACACGAGCUGAUGAUGGCUCGUACAAACCUACUGCUCCGUCGAAUAGUGCGACUGGGUACGUUGAUAUUUGGUCCAAUGCUGAUAUGACUUCUUGUGGUGCCACUUCUUGCUUCAGACCUGUUGGUAUUGCUUUCGAUGCUUCUGAACGGAUGUAUGUCACGAGUGAUGCGACUGCUGAGGGUGAGCUGUGGAUUCUUGGAAAAGUAUAAAGUGAGAUAGAUGGUGAUUGAAGAACAGUUAGCAUGGUGAGAAAUAGUAUAUCUGGCCUUUGUACAUAGUAACAAGAUCGCAAUCACUGCAAGAGAGCCGAGUCAACU